AUGCAAGGACGCAAUAAAUUGGUGACAGAGCUUUAUGACUGCAUUCGUGCCUUUGAGAUGAAACUUCAGCUUUUUGAACGGCAACUAUCAGAGAGUAAUCUUUCUCACUUUCCGACCUUGAGGUCCCUGCAAGGCAUACCUGAGUUUCAUGCUGAUAUCACCACAAAAAAGUACUGCAUCAAGAAAGAUUUGCUGACUUUAAAUGACUUGAGAAUGAUUUUUUUCAUUUUUCGGGACCCAUUCUCUGUUGGUGUUAAUGAGGUGCCAGAACAUCUUCAGUUAGAAUUAAUUGAGCUCCAGUUGGAUUCUGUGUUGAAGAACAAGUUUUCGAGU